GGCUCCAAAUCCAGUUUGCAAAUAAAAAUGGUUGUCCUUGCUGGAGUGAAGUCUCUUUACCACAGAGGAGUGUAUUUGCAGCUGUCAAGGACUUCCUGCUUCCUACCUGAGUAGGAAACAGACAAAUCCUUGUACAUGAGUUCAAGCACCUCUUGUUCAAGAGUCUCUGGCUUCCUCUGGAUGACUGGUGUUCUGCUAACUGUGAUUUUUUACAGAGACUUCACCUCCUCAGGCCCAAAGAAUUGACAUGAAAGCACCUUUUUAGACAUUAAAUUUAAGGUUUUCUAGGAUGAGACAACCCUGUCUCCACUUGCUCCUUUCUCUUGCACGCUGUUCAUUAUUUCUCUGUGACACUUUGCCUGCGAGCAGCACUGUGCUGGCAGUUGUUCUUUCAGGGUUACCCAGCUCUACCUGUUUCUUUUUCCUUUAAAUCCCCCCAUGUGCCUUUGUUCUCCCUCAAGAUUUCAGUCCCUUGUUACAUGCAGUCUGACCCACUGGUCACAGUUCUGUACGUCCUCUUUGAGCCAACACCUUUGAAGAAGGAUGGCUUUAACCAGUAAGAGUGGGGGCAGAUUCUGGAGGUUUAGGUUCUGUUCCUUCCUCUGCUAUGGAUUUCCCAUUUGACUUUGGACAUGUAGCUACAUCCCCAAGCCUUUAUCAUCUCCUAGGAAGGGGUUUGGGAGGUCAUAAUGCCAAUUUCUCCUUGUUCUUAUGAAUUCUCCUAGUUUGGUUGAUAGUUCCCAGCUAGAGGAGCUUAAAACCUAAUUAGACAUGAUCAUUAUCUCUUCUCAUUUUUGUCUGUGCCACAGAAAGUCCCUGCUGGGUUCUCUCUAGGUUACUGUAAUGCAAACAGUAAGUUCUUACUUGAAAUUAAAAGCAUUUACUAUAAACUGUUUUCUCCUUCAAUAGAAACACAAAAGCAGCAACUUGGGCUGAACUCUGUUUUCUGCUUCAUGUGAGAUUUGUUCUAUACUUUUUCCCCAGGAAAACAGCUUUGAUUAAUAUUUCAAGCAUUUUAUAACACUAAAAGCCAAACAACAGCAUAGAAAAGCUGAUUAUGCAGAAAUGAAAGCCAACUACAAUCUAAAGGUCAGAAGGCAAAUGUGCCUAUGUCAAGCACUACAUACCUUUUGGUUCUUGAACCUGGCAGCUGGAGGAAAAUCAACAUUGCACAAAAACCAAUAAUCCCUGUAACGAAUCCUCUGUUUACUGGAAAAUUCUUAUGUAAGUGUUAACAGGUCAGGUGAAAUCCUACAUACUGUACACUUCUGCUUAGCACCAUUCUAACAGGAAUAAGACAACAUCAGUGGACCACAAUGGGAUUUUCUUCAAUGUGAAGCACUUUUGUUUGGUCAGUGUAAAUGGUUCCUACCAGACAAAUGCCACAGGCACAGAAGAGAUGUGCAACUGAGCCUGCUAUACCGUAUUUCCAUUACCAGCUCCUGAUGGAGAGGCCUGGGGCUAUCUGGUUGUGGACUUUAAGUGAUGGUUCAACAUUGUAGCAGUGCAGAAAACUAAGAUUUAAGAUUCUUGAAUUAAGAAGAUGAUUUGGACUCCUCAGAAAGUUUAACCCCAAGAGAAUUUGUUAUCUGAGCUGGAAAAAAAGUGCACAGGAACCCACUGCUCUUCUGAACCCACCAACCACCUCCUUACUGCUGAUUUUGCAAGGAUUAACGUGUACUUGCUGCACAUCCACGUGGAAGCAGAAUUUGAACUCCCCUGGGUUUUUGGUGGUCUCUGAAGAAAUGCUUCGUAUUUGUGAAAGUGGGACACCAAAGGAACGAGCAGCACCAGAAAAUACAGCAAAAAGACUUCAACUAUUUAGUGACAGCUUCAAGACCUGAGCAAGGUUUAAAGGAGCCAGAUGAAUUAGAAGAUUGUAAAAGUAUCUCCUCUUUCUCGGAAGCAGAUUGACAGAGAUAAUGAUGCCAUUACAUUUGAAAAUAACAUCCAGCAACUGAGCCCAUCUGAAGAGGGGGAAGGAGAGAAAGUUUUUUCCACUGUUGGGCAAACAAAGAGUCAGAGCUGCAAAGGGGGUGAUGAUUUGUCAGACUUAUUCAAUGAAAGUAAAGAACAGGAAUAUCCAUCUGCAUCAGAACAAACAGUUGUAAGAAAUCUCAAGAAUCUUAAAUUUGAGGCUCAUGCUCCACAUCAGGAAAAAGAUUCAGGAGCACCAGAAAGCUGGGAAUAGCUUAACCUGCCAUUUCCAAAUCUUUGCAUAAACUUACUUAAUGCUAAUUACACAGUUGUUGUCAAGAAGUUUGUUGUACAGGUUGUAAGUCUUAAUGAUGGUAUUGAGAGAGGAAGUCUCAUCCUGUCUUGGAGGAGAAAAAGAACAUUUUAACUGUUUUUUCUGCACAUUCACCUCAGUCAAGUUAUCAAGUCUUAGGCGUCAUUUGAAAACCCAUUCAGAUGAGAAACGUCACGUGUGUCACCUCUGCCCCAAGGCCUUCCGUACAGCAACUCUGCUGCAUAACCAUGUGAACACACAUACAGGGAACAAACCCCAUAAAUGCAGUGAGUGUGACACAGCAUUUGUGACCCGAGGGGAGCUUUCACGACACAGGAGGUACAAACACACUUUGGAGAAGCCUUUCAAGUGCACAGUAUGUGAAUACUCCAGUGUAGAAGCCAGCAAGAUGAGACGCCACGUUCGCUCGCACACGGGAGAGCGGCCCUACCCCUGUCACCUGUGCAGCUAUGCAAGCAAAGAUACCUACAAACUGAAAAGGCACAUGUUAACUCACACAGGUGAGAAACGCUAUGAAUGUUAUGUUUGCCAAACCAGAUUCACUCAAAGUGGUACCAUGAAAAUCCAUAUGUUACAGAAGCAUGGAGAAAAUGUGCCAAAACACCAAUGUCCACAUUGUAGUACUUUCCUUUCCCGAAAAAGUGAUUUGGGUGUCCACCUGAGGAAUCUGCAUUCCUACAUGGAAGAGGCAGUGAAGUGCAGGGACUGUGAGGCAGCUUUCCACGAGCGCUACGCUUUCCUUCAGCACAGGAAGACUCACAGGAACGAGAAAAGAUUCAGAUGUGCUCAGUGCAGCUGCACAUGUAACCAGAGUAAUAUGUGUAAGCAUGCUGAAAAUUGUGGAUUGGUGAGGGCAAAAACUGCUACAUCCAGAAAAGGAAGCAAAGGCAAAAAUAAAAUCCAUGAGCACCCGAAGCGUGCUAACCCAGAAGUUGCCCUGAAAUCGUUGCAGGAUGACUCUACUGUGGAAAAUGAGCAUUGUGCCAGUGAGAUUGUUCCUGUUUUAGAUGGGGCAGAAGCAGCAGCUCCUGGGGAGCACAGAACAGAAGCAACUUAUUAAAUGGAUCCUCAACAUGAUGGACAAUUAAUGCAUAAAGAGACUGGUCUUGUUCUCAGUAGCUGUAACUGAGCAGUUCAAAGUGUGGAACUACCUCCAGUUGGAAAGGUAGAAAAGAUGAAGUUGGAAGCUGUUGAAGCCCUUCUGUGCUCAUGUUUCUUCUUGCUGGAAUUUCUUUUGUGUGGCCUAAAUGCCAUUGCAAAGUGUGGAAGUUAGAGGCAACUUUCACCUGGUUUAUUACAUACCUGUAAUAACAGAAUGGGAAAAAACAGCUGAUUUCAAAAUCAUUUAUUGAAGAAUGGAUGCGUUGUUUCACCUUGCAUUCGUUUUUUUCCAGGUUUACUCACAGAAUUGCAGACUGAUCUGAGACAAAUUUCUCUCUCAGUAUCACUGAGAGCUGCCUGAAUUUCAGUGUUUAUACUUUGCUGAGGGGAGCACAUGAAAGGCAAUGAUUUUUUGCUACAUUUACUAAAUCUCCUUUCUGCAAACACUUUCGUUUCUAGUGGAAUUCAUGACGCAAUAGAAUGCAUGAUGCAAUUUGGUUGAAAAGCACCGUUUUUUAUGUCUCAUACUGCUGAUAAUUAGAAACUCGUCUUUUGUCUGAGUUUUUCUCAGCUCAUUUAGCUGGGCAGACAGAACUGCAUGGCAAAAAUGAAGCAGGAACGGGUGGCAGAGAAGUGUGGAGGACCCCCACAUUCUGGGAAUGUGAAACCUUCUGUGACCUUAAGCUGACUCUGGGAUCUGUUUUCUCUGUCCCUCUAACCAGCCUUGCAAGUGUUCCCAUGUAAGUUUGUGAUCCUCCAUUUAGCACCAGAUCCAAGCCACACCCACGACUUUGAUUCUAAUUAGCUCUUCAAUGAAGCACAAUUGUGUUAUUUAGGAAAGUUCAUGUUUAUAGUAUACUUAAAAAUCAGAAAAACAUUUAACUGUCAAAUACAAUUCUCUAACUUUCCUUAGGUUAUAAGACCUACUGGGUUUAACUCUUAAUAAUUACUAGAGUCAUUACAGUAAGUACUAUUAAUUUUCAUGAUUCAUUACAAUGAUCACAAUUGCCAUUUAUGCACUGUUCACACUUUUUUUUUGUCAUUUAUAAUUAAUACUUGGAAGCCUCCUCAUAAAAUCUUAAAUACUUUUUAAAUAUUCAUCUUUAAUGCUGUUAUUCUUAUGUUACAUUCCAUUAUAAAUAAGCACCAGCAUAACUAAAUAUUAUUAGGUCAUGAAACAACUAAAUUUAAUUGAAAUGCCAAACCCUCAUCCCAAUUUCAAGAUUAACAUCUAUGUUUAACUUCAUUAUGGUGUGGAAUUUGACCAGUAUUAAAUGGUUUGGGUUUGCAUGUUGGACAGGCUGUGGUUGCUGGUUCUGCUGCUGUGGUCAGGGACAGAGAAUUCCUGUGCUGUGCUGAGCUGCAGGCUCACAGCAGCUGCAAUUUCUAACUUUUUUUUUACUUGGAACGGCCUGUUAAAAAUGAAACUUUAAGUUUUUGCCAGUUGGUUUAUGAACAUCUUUAUCCUGUACAUGGUAAAGUGUCUAAAUGCCUGUUCUAGGAUAACUUCUUUAAUUCAGCAGCUGUUCUGUGACCCAAAGCAGUGCCAGGAGCUUUAAGAGCCACAAUGUCCCCAGGAUCUCUGGGCUCGGGGUGAGCAGAUAAGGGAGGAUGUUUGCAUUAGCAGGAGAUAAUUGCAGUCUUACAGUAAAUAAUCCCAUUUAGAGAGACCUCACCAAAAGCCUCACCUAGACCUUCCACAGUCAUCUCUGUCAAACACGGGAAUUACCACUUUGGUAACAAAAACCUCCUUCAGUUUUGUAGCAAACCCUGAGGAAUCAGAGGGCUUGGAUUCAUUGAAAUUCUUCAUUGGUUUUGUCCCUCCAUUACAGAGCUGUUAUUUCACUGUUUACACAUUUUCAUAUUGAUUGCUCUGUGCCUUUUUUCAUGCUGGAGAAAUUUCAGUAAAUUCAUUUGUUCUUACCAGUGACAGGACUUAAGAAUACUUUUGUUCAUGAUAAUUGCUUAAAUAAUAUUGUUAACUUUAUUCUUGUUGUGCUGUUUCCAUUUGUGUUAUAAACUCUAAGCAGCAGAUUGCUUUGUGAAAAUUAAUUUUAGAAGUUGUUUAAAUUCUUUGAUCAAUUUGCUGAAUAUAUAUUGUUCAUUUGAAUUGUUAAUAACAAAGCUGAUUCAUUCUGUGCUGACAUCUAAAAAUCAGACUACAGAGAGUGGAAUGUGAAUGUAGUAAUAAAAGAUAUUUUUAUCUCUGAACUUUCAAAUUAUUAUUUCUGUAGCUAGAAGCUAUAAAUGUGUCAUUUUGGAAAUCAAGAAAGAAUGCUUUGACCUCCUCAGGAGCCAUUCCUAAUGGCCUUAUGCUUUUUAACAGCAGUGAUUGUUCUUCAUGAUUGAGAAUUUGCAUAACUAUGCAAAUAUUUGCAUCGCUAUUCUGAUUUCUAUUUUACGAAGAUAACUUAAUUUCAUUACAUUACCUAUUUUAGACCAGUAGAUAUGUAUUAAUACCUUUUAAAGCAAUAGCUAUUCUGAACAGAUGCCAAAUGUAAAAUAUUUUAAUUUACUAAUUGUGGAGGAGUUGUUAAAUACACAGGAAUUAUUCAUGUCUGAAACAGAUAAUACUGGAGUGUUCUGUAGCAUUAUGUAACAGUGUUCUGAGGUAAUCCAGUUAUUUGGGAAAGAAAAGGAAACUUGCAUUCCGAGUUUCCUCUGCAAGCUUGAAAUUGUCUAUGCUUUAAAUAGUUAAUGUGUGAGGAAAUAAAGUUUUGCACAGACCCAGCAGAUAAAAAGCAAAGAAAGAGUAGAACCAGGCCUUUGGAUACGUUUUUUUACUAUUUAGGCUCUGUAAU